AUGGCUACUCCAAUCAUCAUCCCUAUGAUUCCACCUCUGUACCUCAUGGAGUCGCCGCCGCCGGGAGAAGUCAGGACUCUUGAGAAUCCGCCUAGCAGUGCUGGCGCUGUCUUGCCUGCUGGAGUGGCGACUACUGGUGCUGCGUUCAUCAUUGUCGUUAUUCGAAUACUCACGAGAAAGUUUGUGGUCAAGAGUUCGCUGGGAGUUGAUGACUAUCUAUGUAUAGCAAGUCUCGUUUUCGCUUUUGGCUUUCUUGCUAUGGCACUUACACUACUAGACGUUGGCGUCGGAAAUCACACAUGGGAUGUCCCUAUUCGACCAUAUGUCCCCAAGUUCGGGCAGUACAGCACUGCUUCGAACCUACUCUACUGCGCCAGCAUUGUUCUUUCCAAACUCUCCGUCCUCUCAUUCUAUCUCCGAAUCUCCAUCGACAAGAUCGUCCGCCGAGCCGUUUACUUUUGCAUGGCUCUGGUGUGCGCCUACAGUUUCACAUACGUCCUGCUAGUCAUCUUCCGAUGUUGGCCUAUAACUGCGACCUUUGAUCCGCUCCAGCAGGACAAGUGCAUUGAUCUAAGUAUCCUCGCUAUAUAUCUCAUCGCCUGCAGUGUUGCAGUCGAUCUCUUUCUCAUGAUAAUCCCCUUCCGGAUUGUCAAGCCUCUGCAAGUUCCCAUGAGUCAAAAGCUCGGUCUUGCAUUUCUCUUUGCGACAGGAGGUUCCAUCAUCGGUGUCACCCUACGACGACUCACCAUCACUCUUCCCAUGAUCACGAGCGACGACUACACGUGGGAGCUACCGCCACAGAUCAUCUUGAGUUUCCUCGAGGUCAACCUGAGCAUAUUUGUUAUCUCGCUCCCCGCACUCAAGCCUUUCUUCAAGCGCUACAUACCCUUCCUUAUCCAGUCCACGAUCCGUUCUCAGGACAAGACUCCCAAGAACAGCUCCAGCAAUCAGGAGAAGGGAAGUGGCUGCCAAAACGCCGUCGACUCAUAUGAACUAUCUCACAGAAAGUCAGAUGGUCCUCACGAUGAAGAGGCACGUUUGUGGUACAGGGAUCCCGAGCAGGGUGUUGCUGUCGACUCGGAUGGAUUCAGGCAAGACGUAGACAGCUUUGAAAGCGCGGCUGAUCGUUGUCCCUCUCUGACCCAGAAGCCUGAACCAGCUGUUGUCAGUUUCAGCACCAGAAGGUCUCACAGUGUCAAUGGCAUCGAUGUUAGCAGGGAAACAGUCGUGACAUAUGGCCAAGCGGUGUAG